GUUUCCGUUUCCACUAACUCUUUCUCUUCCGGACCUUGGGGACGGUUCGUUGGGCAGGCGUUCAAUCGUGUUGGAGUUGUAGAAAGCAACAGUAGUCAUGGCGAUGUUUGAGCAGAUGAGAGCGAACGUGGGAAAAUUGCUCAAGGGCAUCGACAGGUACAACCCUGAGAACCUGGCCACUCUGGAGCGUUAUGUGGAGACCCAGGCCAAAGAGAAUGCCUAUGAUCUGGAGGCCAACCUGGCUGUCUUGAAGCUGUACCAGUUCAACCCAGCCUUCUUUCAGACCACAGUCACUGCUCAGAUCUUGCUGAAGGCGCUUACCAACCUGCCCCACACUGACUUCACUCUGUGCAAAUGCAUGAUAGACCAGGCCCAUCAAGAAGAACGGCCCAUACGACAGAUUUUGUACCUUGGGGACCUUCUAGAGACCUGCCACUUUCAGGCCUUCUGGCAAGCCCUUGAUGAAAACAUGGACCUCUUAGAAGGUAUAACUGGCUUUGAAGAUUCUGUCCGAAAAUUUAUCUGCCAUGUAGUUGGCAUCACAUACCAGCACAUUGACCGUUGGCUGUUGGCUGAGAUGCUUGGGGAUCUGACAGGGUCGUUGGUACUGAGGAAUCAGUCAACCAGUGCUGCCCUCCCUAUCCCCCCCCACACACUGCCUAUGUCACCUACAGACAGCCAGUUGAAGGUGUGGAUGAGCAAAUAUGGCUGGAGUGCUGACGAGUCAGGGCAGAUCUUCAUCUGUAGCCAGGAAGAGAGCAUUAAGCCCAAGAACAUUGUGGAGAAGAUUGACUUCGACAGUGUGUCCAGCAUCAUGGCCUCCUCUCAGUAGUUACUGCUGCUUAAUAAAGAUUGGUUGACUAAA